CUGUCAGAAAUGAUAGGAACAAAAAGAAGAAGGAACCUUCAAAGCAAGAGUCCACAGAAAACUAUGAAAUGACAGCAGAGUUGGAUGAUCUCACUGAGAAGAUCCGAAAAGCUCACCAGGAAACCUUCCCCUCGCUCUGUCAGCUGGGAAAAUACACUACAAACUCCAGCGCAGAUCAUCGGGUUCGACUGGACCUCGGGCUUUGGGACAAAUUCAGCGAACUUGCAACAAAGUGCAUUAUUAAAAUAGUGGAAUUUGCGAAGCGAUUGCCAGGCUUUACAAGUUUGACCAUUGCAGACCAGAUAACUCUACUUAAAGCAGCCUGCCUGGACAUACUG